AUGGCAGAAAAUGGAGAAGUGAUCGGUGUUCACAGCGUGGAGGAUUGGAAGAUGCAUAUGGAGAAAGGAAAAAGCUCCAACAAACUGAUUGUUGUUGAUUUUACUGCUUCUUGGUGUGGUCCAUGCCGUAUCAUUGCACCAAUUUUUGCAGACCUUGCUAAAAAUAUGCCACAUAUCAUCUUCUUCAAGGUUGACGUUGAUGAGUUGAAGACUGUUUCUGACGACUUGGAAAUUGAAGCUAUGCCAACAUUCUUGUUCUUUAAAGAAGGAAAGAAAGUGGGCAAAGUUGUGGGUACUAACAAGGAUGAGCUGCUAAGCACAAUAGUACAGCAUGGAGGACAGUCUUCUUGA